UGUGUGGGUAGGCCCUGCUGCCAUCCUGUCAUGGUUUAAUAAUCACAGCCGUGAGGUGUGAUGGUGGCUCUGAGCAGACCCUUGUUUGUGGGCAGCACAUGGAGGUUGUAAAGCUUGGACCUACGAUGCCGGGGCUCCGUGUUGGGGCUCUAUGGGGCUGUGGGUCCUCCGGCCGCCAGGGGGCGCUGUGGCCGCUCCGGCUCCACGCUGUCCCCGUGCGGCCAUGGCGGACGGGCCGGCCCCGAAGCGGCGGCGGGAUGAGGCCGAGGCGGCCCCGGUCGGCUCCUCGUUCCCGUUGGGCUCCGUGCGGCUGCGGCGGCUGCUGCGGGACUCGGCGCGUGAGAAGGCGGCCUUCGUGCACGGCCAGGUGGUCGGAGCGGCCGGGGAGGAGACGGACGCCGUGUUGAUCCUGGAGAAAACGCCGUUCCAGGAGGAGAAGAUCGAGGAGCUGCUGAGGAGACACGGCAAAAUGGAGCUGCAGAUGAGCAACGACAUCUACAGCACGUACCGCCUGCAGCCGCCCCCCGAGCUGAGCGAGAUAAAAGUGACGGUGGUGCACCCUGCCACAGAGAAACACCUUCAGAAGUAUCUUCGUCAGGAAGUGCACCUCAUCCGCGAGACCUGGGAGGACUACAAGAACAUCACCCUGCCCUUCAUCCAGUCCCAGAGCUUCAGCAUCCAGUGGGUGUAUAAUAUCCUGGAGAAGAAAGCUGAGGCUGAUCGAAUCAUCCAUGAAAACCCAGACCCUUGCAACGGCUUUGUUCUAGUUCCAGAUUUUAAGUGGAAUCAAAACCAGCUCGAAGACCUCUACCUGAUCGCCCUCAUUCACCGCCGUGACGUGAAGUCUCUCCGGGACCUCACAGCUGAGCAUCUCCCUUUGCUGAGGAACAUCCUGCAGGAGGGCAAGGAAGCCAUAACAAAACACUUUGGUGUGCCCGGCUCCCAGCUCCGCAUCUACCUGCACUACCAGCCCUCCUACUACCACCUGCACGUGCAUUUCACCGCCCUGGGCUACGACGCUCCGGGCUGCUCUGUUGAGAGAGCCCAUCUGCUGGAGGACGUCAUGGACAACCUGCUCCUGGAUGCUCAGCACUACCAGAAGCGGGCGCUGACCUUCCCCCUGCGGGCUGACGAACCCCUGCUGAAGAGAUUCCAGGAGGCAGGAAGGCAGCCUGGGCUCCUCCGAGGGGCUGCAGCAGGAGGACCCUGUGCCCAUCCACCUUCACCCAGUGAUCCACACCGUGGUGUUCAGCAGAGCCCUGUGUGUCUGCUUCCUCACCAAGGGAUGGAACCUCUGAAAGCUGCAUGAGUUCUCACUGCCAACCAGGGCUCUGGUUUCUGCUCAGCAGGGCUGCUGUGUAACGGAGCGGUCCUGAGUCACGUCACAAGAGAUGCCCGGGGCUUUGUUCUCAUCUGAUUAAUAGAAAUUCAGGUCAGGCCGUUCCCUGGUACCUUCCAGCAGCAGGGAGAGGCAGAACGUCUGAAUGCAGCCAACUCUUGUCAGAUUUGCUUAUUUUCCUGCAGAAACUCAGCGUGUGGUUGUUGGGGGGGGUUUAACCUGCUGGGGGAGCUUUGCCUUUUGUUCCACGUUUCCCACAGCCCCUGCAGCCCUACCCAUCCCCUAUUCUGCAGCCCUACCCAUCCCCUAUUCUGCAGCCCUUUCACUGCUGGGAUCCCCCUGUAGCCGUCCACCAUAAUUACACCGUGCUGUCGUUGUGCCACAGCUGGGGACGGGGAUGCUCCUCCAUCGUUGUGCCUUGGGAGCGUGGAACACAAGCAGCCGUUUGGGAUGCGUUGUUAUUGCCGGAGUUUUAUUGAACGCCGUUUAUUGUUUUCAGAUGCAAUAAACCUCGCGGGGGAACCCGAGAGACUGA